GAGUUGAAACACUUCGGAACAAACCGGAGACGAGGGCGAAGGAACGCGCGCCGCGGCCGCUCUGGCUAAUGAUUGAUCGGCGUGUUAAAGCGGAACCUACAGCCCGCCGAGCGCUCGACCUUCGCGGAGUCCGCGGUCUUAUGAGGUGGAACGCGGCGAUGGUCGCUGUUGCAGGAUCCGCGCUGUGGACACGGGUCCCGUCCCACACACACCUGGAGCAGUGAAGUUGUUUCCCUGCUGUGAAUGGAAUGGACAAAUAACAUGGCUCAUUGUAAUGAACCCCAGUCGCCCUCCUCCAAUGAUGUCAACUUGGGACCCUCUGCCAACCCCCAUGCCAAACCUACAGACUUCGAUUUCCUAUCAGUGAUUGGGAAAGGCACAUUUGGGAAGGUGCUUCUUGCCAAACUGAAGUCAGACAACAAGUUUUAUGCAGUGAAAGUCUUGCAGAAGAAAAUCAUACUAAAGAAAAAAGAGCAAAAGAACAUUAUGGCUGAAAGGAAUGUGCUACUGAAAAGCCUGAAGCAUCCUUUUCUGGUGGGGCUCCACUACUCCUUUCAGACUGCUGAGAAGCUCUAUUUUGUGCUGGACUAUGUCAAUGGAGGAGAGCUGUUCUUCCACCUGCAGAGGGAGAGAUGCUUCACUGAGCCUCGAGCUCGCUUCUAUGCUGCUGAAGUAGCCAGUGCCAUUGGCUAUCUCCACUCUCUCAACAUCAUCUACAGAGAUCUUAAGCCAGAGAAUAUCCUUUUAGACUCAGUGGGUCAUAUUGUGCUGACAGACUUUGGCCUUUGCAAAGAAGGGAUGGAACCAGAGGUGACCACAUCCACGUUUUGCGGAACACCGGAGUAUUUAGCUCCAGAGGUGCUGAGAAAACAGCCCUAUGACCGCACAGUGGACUGGUGGUGUCUGGGAGCUGUACUCUAUGAAAUGCUCUUUGGCUUGCCUCCAUUCUAUAGCCGAGAUGUGGCUGAGAUGUAUGAUGGGAUCCUGCACAAGCCCCUUCAUCUGCCUGGUGGCAAGAGCAUGGCAGCUUGCGACAUUCUCAAGGGACUGUUACAGAAAGACCAGCACCGCCGUCUAGGGGCCAUUGCAGACUUUCUGGAGAUUAAAAACCAUGUGUUCUUCUCUCCUAUAAACUGGGAUGACUUGUACCACAAGAGAAUCACCCCUCCAUACAAUCCAAGAGUGAAGGGUCCAGCAGACAUGCAGCACAUAGAUCCCGAGUUCACCAGGGAGACUGUGCCUGGGUCUGUGGGUCGCACCCCUGAGCCUGCCUCCUGCCUUGGUACUAGCAGCUCUAAUGCCUUCAAGGGCUUCUCCUAUGUCCCCAGUGAUGAGAAUUUUCUGUGACGCUUGCCGAGAAUUCUGAGGUGCCUCAUUCAAGGCCUCUUGCUAUUAGACUCUGAAUGGAACUCAGCAGUUUCUCCUUUUCUCAAUGUUGGGAUGAAGCUAAAACCAUUGCUGUUUGGAAGCUGCAAGAUUUACUGUAUCUGUCAGCUCAUCUUUCUCCCAGGUUCUGCAGCAUCUCCAUUUUUAUAUCACUUUUGGAUGUUAAUAUGAUAAGAGAAACUUCACUCUUCAGAAAAAAAAUAAAUUUC